CUUUGUACUUGGCAUUAGCAUUUUCAGUGGCUCUCCUUUUAUUCUCCACCUACCAGUGAAGAGUCAAUUUCAAACGAGAUAAAGACAGUCUAUUGGAGUCAGUGAAUAAACCAGUCGCAGAAAAAGGAUUCUUUCUUGAGAUACUGUCCAAAGAACAUUUCACAAAGAAAAAAAGACAACAAUUUAAACUUUUUAAUACAACAUGAAGCUCAGUGUCUAUUGCUGGUCCCGGUUUGGAACCUUCCUGAUCCCAUUGAUGUGUCUGAUAUUAAGAUCACAAGCUGGAGUGGUGGACGACUUCUCCCAAGUAGAUCGCUGUAAGGAUUUCCUUUACAUGGGCACUCCACCACGAGGUUACCUCGGUACUUCCCUGAAGAAGAUCUGCCAGCGCUAUGUGGACAAGCCUCGCUAUGUUACCCUCUACGACCCCCAAAAACACAUCCCAGUCUAUUCUGCAUACACCUUUAAGAAAUCAGACGGGGAGAAACGGGUAGACAUUCCCUGGAUGUUUGAGCCACAGCUGGCAACUGAGAAAGGAAGCAGUAACAUGGAACCUUUCCCUCAGUCCGCCUUAAUGCACAAAAACUUUGAAGACACGCAGGCUGUGUUAGAAGACUACGCCGAUGUGGUGCAAUAUGAACGUGGCCAAAUGAACCCCGAUGAGCAUCAGGCAGACCCGCUAGACAAAGCUGCCACCUACACACUGACCAAUGUAGUUCCCCUGAUAAGGGAGUUCAAUUUUGGUCCCUGGAGCACACAGGUAGAGGUCACCCGCAAACGGCUCAACAACUAUUGUCACGGAAAGGCUUAUGUGAUCACUGGGGUGACAACAUCAGGUAAUAUGAUUCGACGUGAUAACCUAAAUCGUGUCGCUGUCCCUGAGUUCAUGUGGACAGCCUAUUGCUGCACAGAUUAUGAUCACAACGCUCCCUACUCAGAGCGGUAUAAGUUUCCGGCGUUCGGCGCCUAUGGUCUUAAUGAUCGUGUGAACAACCACAUAGUGGAGGUUCCAAUCAAGAAUCUGGAGAAGUUUCUCAAGGGCAAAAUGGAGGUGGACAAGAACUUCCAGAUCUUUUACAGUGACUGCGUGUCAGAUGUGUAAAGAUUAGAAUUGGAUAAUGAACAACUCCAUGGGGUUCAUUAUCAUAAGAAUUGCAGAUUAAACUUAAAAUGAAAACAUAUGCAUUGCAUUUGUGUAUAAUCAAUGGCAAUGUUUUAAUUCAUCAAAUUCUAGGAUCAGUUCCAACAAUGAAAAUUCUGUCAUCAUUUACUCAACCUCAUGUUGUUCCAAACUUGUAUGAGUUUACUUCUUCUGUUGAACAUAAAAUAAGAUAUUUUAAAGAAUGUGGGUAAUUGAUCCCCCGUUGCUGGUCCCCAUUAACGUCCAUAGUAUUUUGUCCACACUAUGGAAGUCAGUGGGGAUGAGCAACCAUUUGGUUACCCACAUUAUUCAAAUUAUCUUUUUUGUGUGUGUGUGUGUUUAGCAGAAGAAAGAAUCUAAUUCGGGUUUGGAACAAAAUGAUGGUGAGUAAAUGUUCACAGAAUUUUCAAUUUUGCAUGAACUAUCACUUUAAAGCAUGUAAACCCCCAAUUUCACAAAUUAAAAUACAUGAGUUCAGAUGCAAAAUCAGCUGAGAUAUCAAAAAUGAGAUAAUGAUACUGAAUGAAUGCUCCUGACACAUAGUAUACGUCCAUUAAAUACUUUUACUUCAUAUUUGCUAAAUUAAAGCCAGGAAGAAAUGCUAAUUUUAAAGAAAUACGUCAGAUGGAUUUAGAGGCUUUUGCAUCUGAACUCUUCACAUGUUAAUGAUAUAUAUUUCUUUGGGUCAAUGAUACUUUUAUUUAUCUAUGUGCUAAACAUUUCAGCAAAACAACUAAGCUUCAUUUCUAUUCUUGAUUUACGAUCUUUACCUUUAUUAGAGGUUAAAUUUUAGUGUAAUAUAACAUGCUGCGCUUCCCAUCUGUAAAGCUCAAGCAUAUUUUGGGUAAAAUUAAUAAAUUUGAGUAAAUUAAAUGACUUUAAAUGUAAACACAACAGUAUGACAAAUAUGAUGUUGUUAACACUUACAAGUCUCAUCUGUCAAAUAAAUUUUAAAAUA